ACCGAUCAACUUAUACUGAUGUAAAGCCUGUCUCUCCCUCACUCCCGAUAACCGAUUUGAUCGUCAUUUGAAUCAUUGUUCCUUUUAUAAACAUCAUCAUUGCCUUGCAAACCUAGCGAGCAGGACUAAGCGAUGUCUCAACUAAAUCUGAACGAAAGAUAUUGUCAAUAAAGUAUAAAUAGCAAGCCAUACUCACAUAACGAAACCUCGAACGACAACAAUGAUGAACGACACUGCAUUUUCAACUCUAGGCCAUUGGGUCAACGACUUCAUUGCAAAAUACCCAUACGUGGCAAUCAUUUUAACAUCUCCAAUCAUCUUUGCAAUCACCUAUAGCCUUCUUCAUCCACACCUUGUUCCUGGAAAGCCAAAUGCGAUCUUAUUCUUAUUCUCCGAUUCUCCAUAUCCGCAACCUCGAGCUUCAACACUUUCAUUCACAAGUCAUAUUCGUGCUCGAAUAGAUUGGACCAUCCAUGCAUUCAAACGUGGAACGACACCUUGGGGAUUGAGCAAACAAAUUCGAUAUGAUCAUCAAAUCGAUUGGGCAAAUGGCGAAAGACCAAAAAAUGGUGAUUUGAUUUAUGCUUGGGAUCGUGUAUUUGAAUGGAAUGAAGAUUGUAUUGAUAUGGCAGCUUUGGAAGCUAUGCGAAAUUUAGGCGAUCCAAUCUCCGAAAACGUUUUGGACACUUUAUCAAAUCAACCAAAAGAGCAAGCCAAAUCGCACGAUACCAUGGAACGAGUUGCCACGCACAUCUUACACAAUCAAACGGAAGAGGAGGAUAACGUUUCACAAUUCUGGAAAGCUGUCUCGCGUCGUCCGCCAGUAGGAUGUGGAGCUUUGAGCUUGCAAUGGUACCUUAAGAAUGAUUUGCUGACUCAAGAAGAGGUCAAUCGAAUGGGCUAUGGCAAAGCAGACAUCAGGCUCACCGACGAGCCAAGCUGGACGCCUAAAACGGAUGAAAUGAUUGAAUCACGAUGGUCAAAAGAGCAAAUCCAGACGAUCCGGCAAGAAGAAGCAAACGUUCUACAACGUGCACGAACUGCAUUUCACAGAUACGGUCCCAAUAUGAGUGUUGGUCUUUUGCUUGUUGGAUUAGCAGGCGGUUUUGCAAGUCCACGAAUCGUUGAUGUGCUGAAAUCGACGGGGUAUCUAGUCGCCCCUCGUAAGAAGCGUAAAGUGGAAGACAAAGAAGAAGAUGCUCUACUUCAACGUCUGCACGAAUACGUUGAAAAGGGAAGGAACGACAUCCAGGAUCGAUUGGCAAAAACCCAAAAGACAAACAUCACCUCACAGGUCCUGGGCAAAUUAGACGUACCAAGUCCUGCCACUUCGGAUAGAACCUACAGACGUUUGCUGGAAACGAUGACGUUCUUGCUUGAUUUGAAUGAAACGCCCGAGUCACUCGUUCCGCCGUCGCCACACAUUAGUAGCAAGGACAAAGAGAUUAUGUCCGCUCAAGAUUUGCUCAACACGGGCGGAAAGGGUUGGCUGGCUUGUUGUCGAGUUCGUUUUCUACACACAAGUGUUCGUAAGAGAUUGCAUGGCAGUACGGGUGAAGAUGGUACAUACUCCUCAGCCAAAUCCGGAUUGGCGAUCAAUCAAGAAGACUUGUUGGCAACCCUUUGUGCUUUCAGUGUUGCACCUCUAUGGGCAUUACAACGUCUUGGUUUGACACCCACGCAACAAGAAAGACAGGAUAUAUGCGCUUUUUGGCGACAUGUUGGUUUCUAUAUGGGCAUCGAGCCACGACUUUUGCGACGUCAUUUCCGUGAUGUACAUUCGGCAGAACGUACAUUCUCCUGCAUCUCCUCACAUCACUUUCUCCCAUUUGCAGGAUUGACAGACAGUUCCUCUACUCCACCGCCAAGCAUCCCAAGCGCUUUUGGACCUUCAUUGAUGCAUGACGCCAACAAAGAAGUUCAAAUGAGUUCAGAAUUACUGCAAAGUAUGGCAGAUCUUGCCUCGCGGUUCGAUUUCGAUCAAGGUCCUGCAUUACCACUUUUAUGGUCAGUUGCUAAUCGACCUCCCGGUAAGAUGACUUUUGCAACAUUGUGUGCGAUUGCACGUUUCUUGCUGGGUCCCGGUCUAGCAAAUGCAACUUCUUUGCCUAGAACAACCACGAUGCAAUAUCUCACCAUGCGAUUCAGAUUGUUUGUCCUUGCAUAUCCUGUUGUCUUUGGUACAUAUUAUGCACGCCGAUCGUGGAGCGUUGAAUUACGCACAAUGUGGGUUGAAUUGAUUCGAAGGGUAGUUGUUUGGUGCAGCCAAGGCAAACGUACUUCCUUUGCAACGUCUCGUGAUGGUACACAUGAUGAUACCUACUCCCCUUAUGUCCUGGACCCAAAUGCGGGAAAGCGAAUCAUGAAGAAUUACUGGAGAAUCAUGAGUGAAAUGAUUUUUGUUUCUAUGGUAGCAGGUUUGAUUGUUGUAGGCGUUUUUGCAUAUGCCCUUCAUCUUUCCAUCUUUCUCGUUCGAUCACAUGGACAGGAAGCACUUCAUCUUCUUACCUCCCAUUCUCACCAAUUUGUACAACACUACGCACCUGCGCUUUUUGCGCAUCUUAGCUGAUGAACAGAAAUGGAUAUGUAUCUGCUCAUGCCUGUCUGCCAUCCUCCUCUUCCUUGUACUGACUCGUGGUAAGCUCCUCCAUCGGCUCUG